AUGACGAUGACGCCGAUGACGAUGACGAUGGCUUUGGCGAUGACUAUGAAGAUGGUAAGAAUAGCAGGAGCAGGUGGAGCAGCAGCAGGAGCAGCAGCAGCAACUGGAGCAGCUUUCGAUGCCAAUGAUCCGAGCACUAGCCAGGGGCAAGUGGAGGAGCAACAGCAUCAGCGACAUGUCAGCUCUGAUGGGUUCGAGAAAACUACUUGCAUUAAACGUCUUUACAGGGAAUUGGACGAAAUCCGUAGGAAUCCACCGCCCAAUUGUGGUGUAGAGAGUCAUAUGGGCGAUAUCUUCCGUUGGAGGGCCUUCGUAAAGGGUCCACCCGGCACUGCCUAUGAGGGUGGAACCUUUAAGCUGGAUAUACGGUUCCCCAAAUCGUAUCCAUUUCGGCCGCCAGGCGUUCGCUUCGCCACUCGCAUCUAUCAUUGCAAUGUGGAUAGUCGUGGUGCCAUUUGUGUGGAUGUACUCAAUGAGCGUUGGUCCCCGGUGAUGACCAUUUCCAUGUUAUUGUUAUCACUUUGGGUUCUGAUCGGUGAAUGCAAUCCAAAUGAUCCCCUGGUCACAUGCAUUGCCGAUCAAUAUAAAUCCAAUCGAAAGGAGCAUGAUAAAAUCGCACGAGCUUGGACCUUGCGUUAUGCCAAAGAGGAACACGAAUGAACAGCAGCAGCAGCAACAACAACAGAAACACUGAUCCCCGAAUAGACUUAAUCCAAUAUAUACACCACCAAAUCAUUGUAUAUGUUUCGUUUUUGGUUAUUCGCAUAAAGUUAUUGUAUAUGUUUAUGCGAAAAAACCAAAAACGACCGCCACUCCACACCCCACAUUCAUUCUCCUCAUCCAACAGUCACUUUCUGUUUGCCAAUAAACCAUGUCGAUAACA